AUUGAAACCUUUGAUUUGGUUGGAGUGGAACAUAUUACAAUGCAACAUUAAGAAGCUUUACAUUACGACAUUAGUGUUACCAAUUUCAUUUUCUUUAUGUUUCUCAAUAAAACCAAACCUCUUUUCCCCUCUCUUCCCCAACUACCUUCCUUGCGCCAAAUCAAACAAACCCAUGGAAACGUCGUCGUUUCGGGCAAUCACCGGUUCUUCGUAGUUCACCUUCUCUCUCAACUUUCUCUCUCCUCAUUCGUGCCCUUUCCACUGGAAUACUGCAUCUCUGUCUUCAACUCAAUCACUUUCCCCUCCGUGUUCGCCUUCAACACCGUCAUUCGUUGCCACGCUAAGGCUAACUCAUCACCCUCUCUCUCCAUCGCUCUCUACUCCUCCCUGCGACGUCGUUUUCUCAACCCCAACAAACAUACCUUCACCUUUGUGUUACACGCGUGCACCAAGAACCCCAACAACAACAACAAUAACAACCCAGGGGUUCAGAUUCAUGCCCACGUGAUCAAGUUCGGUUAUGCAUGCAACGUGUUUGUUCGUAACGCGCUGAUUCACUUUUACUUUGAGUGUUCCAGUGUUGAUUCUUCCAAAAAGGUGUUUGAGGAAGACACCCUUUGGAGUGAUGUGGUGACGUGGAACUCCAUGUUGACUGGUUUGGUCAGAAAUGGAGAGGUUCGUGUUGCCGAGAAGAUAUUUGAUGAAAUGCCUGAGAGGGAUGUUGUGUCUUGGAGUACAAUGAUAAUGGGGUAUGUUCAAAAUGGGCUUUUGGAAGAUGGGUUGGAGUGUUUUAGGGUUAUGAGGGAGAGAGGGAUCAGGCCCAAUGAGGCUAUAUUGGUUACUGUGCUUUCGGCUUCCGCUCAGUUGGGUUUGCUUGGCUGUGGGAGGUUAAUUCAUUCCACCAUUGAGGCUUCGAGGUUUCCAAUAACUGUUCCUAUAGGGACUGCUUUGGUUGACAUGUAUGCAAAGUGUGGUUGCAUUGAACGGGCAAGAGCCUUGUUUGAUGGAAUGUUGAAAAAGGAUAUAUGGACUUGGAAUGUCAUGAUUUGUGGGUUGGCUUCCCAUGAUUAUCCCAAGGAAGCGCUUGCGCUGUUUCAGAAGUUCAUAGAUGAAGGUUUUUGUCCUGUGAGCGUGACUUUUGUUGGUGUCCUAAAUGCAUGUGGUAGGGCUGGUUUGGUUAGUGAAGGCAGGCAUUAUUUUAAGUUAAUGGUGGAAGGUUAUGGCAUUGAGCCAGAAAUGGAGCACUACGGGUGCAUGGUUGAUCUCCUGGCUCGUGCUGGUUUAAUUGAUGAAGCUGUUGGGUUGAUUGAAAUGAUGGCAGUUACGCCGGAUCCAGUACUGUGGGCAAUAUUACUUGAUGCAUGUAAGAUUCAUGGAUUUGUGGAAAUGGGGGAAAAGAUUGGAAAUAAGUUGAUACAGUUGGAUCCAACCCAUGAUGGGCAUUAUGUACAGUUAGCUGGAAUAUAUGCAAAAGCAAGAAAAUGGGAAGAUGUAGUUAGAAUACGCAGAUUAAUGGUCGAAAGAAUUGCCAAUAAAGUUGCAGGUUGGAGCUUGAUUGAAGUGCAGGGUAGAGUUCAUCGCUUUGUUGCAGGGGACAGAGAGCAUGAAUGUUCUUCAGACAUUUAUAAAAUGCUUGAAACAAUAGUACUGAGGAUAACUGAAGCUGGUUAUUCAUCAAAACAGCUUAACUCUAUUGCAUAACGUAGAAGAAGAAAAGUUAGGGAACAUUCAAUCAAAGAGCACAGUGAAAAGUGAGGAAUUACUUUUGGCAUUUUGGUAACAGUAUUUGGUGAUUGCAUCAGAAUUGUGGAGAACUUGAGAAUUUAGGAAUACUUUCACGAGCGAUCAAGAUUAUGUUUCAACUUGAAAGUGUUUAUCAGAAUGAUAUUAUUUUAGGGUUGGCAGUAGAUUUCACCAUUUAAGGAAGCUUUUUUAUCAUCAGCUAUGCUAUUACAUUCACCACCUUGCUUUAAACUGCACACAUGCCAUGAAUUUUUAUAAUAUUCUUAAGCAGGGCAAUGUUAGGGAGAGGGUUAUUCACCAAAACAUAAUAAGUGAAGACACUUAAUAUAUCACUCAGAUAGUUGUGUUCAACAACGA